CUGCAUAUCAGUCUGUCCGCGACUUUGGAGCAUCUUGUGGUUUCUGUGCAGCAGAUUAAAACUAAAUCUUCACCAUCAUGGUUGAGCAGUUUGUUGGAAACUGGAAGCUGGCCGCCAGCGAGAACUUCGAUGAGUACAUGAAGGCAAUUGGUGUGGGCUUUGCCACUCGGCAAAUGGGCAACAUGGUGAAGCCUAACCUGGUGAUCAGCGUGGAUGAUACUGGGUUCAUUUCCAUGAAGUCUCAGAGUACUUUCAAGACCGCAGAGAUCAAGUUCAAACUCAACGAAGAGUUCGACGAGACGACUGCAGAUGACCGAAAGACCAAGACCAUCUUCACUUUUGAAAAUGGCAAACUUGUGCAAAAGCAGACGUGGGACGGAAAGACCACGACACUGGAACGAGAGAUUCAGGAUGGAAAACUAACAGCUAAAUGUAUCAUGGAUGAUGUUGUUGCAGUGAGGACCUACGAGAAGGAGGCUUGAAUCCUGUCUGUAGCCAUCAAAGAAUAAAAAAACAAAAACAAACUUGAACUUCUUUAUUCCAGUAAGACACCAAAUGCACUGAGCUAUUGCCAAACAUGCCAAUAAAGUCUGAACUGUGACACUUCA